AUGGCGCCCCGUGGAAAGAUUCGCUUGAAGCUGACGCGAAGCGCCAAAUCAGAAAGCACGCCAAAAUCAUUCGCAGACCUCGAAGAUGAACCUAUGCCCGAUGCCGGAACCAGUCCCCUGGACUCCAAGCGACAGCAGGUGCCCGACCCGGAUGAUGAGAAGGACGAGGAUCAUCAGCCAAAGGAAGAGUCGGGGGAUGAAGAUGAUGCCGCCGACGCGGCUGAAAAGGACGACGAAUCCGUCAAGGAACCCACGCCCCCCCCUCAGCUCAUGGUCCGUCGCAAGAGGCUUGGUCGUCCUCCCAAGAACAGACCUCCAGAUUGGGACAACAUGAUUUCUGUUCCCGCCGACGAAGCCAACACCCCGCGACGCCGAGGAAGAGGUGGAUGGCGAGGCAGGGGUGGUCGUAAAGGAGGUCCUGCGGCACCCAAAGCCGAGCAAGUUAUCGACCAGGAGGGAACUGUUGCCGAAAUCGCAAACGAUGAGUGCGUCUUGCCUGAAGAUCCAGAGGGUGAGACCAAGGUGGACAAGUUGGGCAACCUCCAAGGCGGACGUGAUUAUCGAUGCCGAACUUUCACAGUUACCGGUCGUGGGGACAGGCUCUACAUGCUUUCCACGGAACCAGCUCGAUGCGUUGGCUUCAGGGACAGUUACCUUUUUUUCACAAAGCACCGCAAACUCUACAAGAUUAUUGUGGAUGACGAUGAAAAGCGAGACAUGAUUGAGCGAGAUAUUAUCCCUCACUCGUACAAGGGUCGUUCCAUAGGAAUCGUAACGGCGCGAUCGGUCUUUCGCGAGUUUGGUGCUCGUAUCAUUGUGGGCGGAAAACGCAUCAUCGACGACUACAACGUUGCCCAGGCCCGCACCGAUGGCGCCGUCGAGGGCCAGCUUGCGGACCCAGAUGAUCAUUUCGUCGAGGGAGAGCCGUACAACAAGAACCAGUACGUUGCGUGGCACGGAGCCAGUGCCGUGUACCACACGAAUGUACCAUCAGUGCCGGUUCCCAAUGGCAAGAUCGAGUCAAAGAAACGCAAGGUAAAUGUCAACGACAUGAAUUGGAUGCUAGAACAUGCUCGUGAAGCCAGCACAUUCAAUGCCGGCAUCAAUGCCAUCAGAAAGCUCAACAAUGCCGGUGUGUACGACAUUCACACAAAUGUGAUGCAGUACCCAACAACAAUGCAGCCUACGCGGGCACGUAUUGAGCAAGUCGCCCCAGAGGACGAGCAGGCGACCGCAGACAGCGCCAUCUUCCCCCCCGUCCCUACGAAGAUGGCGCGCAACUUCUUCGUUGCAGACACAUACUUUGAGACAUCAUCGGCGGGCGUCAUUUCGGCGUCUGCAGUGAACGGUACCGCAGGUUCACCAGACUUCCUUGCUUCUUUCCAGGGAUUGAGUGCUGUAUCAAAUGAGAUCAAAGACCUAUUGCCUCCAGAGUGUCGUGUGGCUUUCGACGGCGCCGUGGCAAAGGAGACAUCAUAUCGGUCAAAAUGGGGCCCUGAGAGCGAGACAAUGUCGCGCCGUCAACCCAUUAUCGACAAGGCAAUCGUGCCCUACAGCAUGAGUUGA